AAACGCUUUACUACAGCGUCUCCUAACGUUUAAUGCCAACGAGGAGGACUGUAACCUACAAGUCCUGUAGCCGCUGGACUGGACUAGGAAGGACACAGCUGCCUCACUAGAGUUUGAGAAGCACACAUGGAGUGAUCUUUGUCAUAAGCUGCAUCAAACAUUCCCUGGUGAUGAUAAAGAUGGAGCAGCAUGAAAACAUCCAGAUGACUCAAACACCAGAUGUGAAGACGAAAACCUGCCAGUCUUCACCAGGGCAAGAUCGGACGAAUAUAAAACAGGAUUGGAAGGAACUGAAAGAAGAUUCCAUCACUUGCCAUCAAGUUGGGAUGUGGUUCAAUCAACAAGCAAACCUUAGGCAGCACAUAAAAACUGAACAGAAGCCUUUUACCUGUUCUCAGUGUGGAAAGUGUUUCACAAUGAAAUGCAACCUUGAGAUUCACAUGAAACUUCACUCUGGACAGAAGCCUUUCACCUGUUCUCAGUGUGGAAAGAGUUUCACAAUGAAACAAAACAUCGAGAUUCACAUGAAAACUCACAAUGGAGAGAAGCCUUUCACCUGCCCUCAGUGUGGAAAGAGUUUCAAAAUGAAACUAAACCUUGAGAUUCACAUGAGAAUUCAUGCUGGACAAAAGCCUUUCACCUGCUCUGAGUGUGGAAAGAGUUUGACAACAAAACAAAGCCUUGAGAUUCACAUGAGAAUUCACACUGGAGAGAAGCCUUUCACCUGCUCUCAUUGUGGAAAGGGUUUCAUAAUCAAACAAAACCUUGUGAGUCACAUGAGAACUCACACUGGAGAGAAGCCUUUUGCCUGCUCUCAGUGUGGAAAGGGUUUCACAGCGAAACAAAACCUUGAGAUUCACAUGAAAAAUCACACUGGAGAGAAGCCUUUCACCUGCUCUGAGUGUGGAAAGGGUUUCACAGUGAAACAAGGCCUUGAGUAUCACAUGAGAAUUCACACUGGAGAGAAGCCCUUUGUCUGCUCUCUGUGUGGAAAGAGUUUCAUAAUCAAACAAAGCUUUGAGAGUCACAUGACAAUUCACACUGGAGAGAAGCCUUUCACCUGCUCUCAGUGUGGAAAGGGUUUCAGAACCAGACCAAACUUUGAUAAUCACAUGAGAAUUCACACUGGAGAGAAACCUUUUGCCUGCUCUCAGUGUGGAAAGAGUUUCAUACAACAGGGUCAACUUAAAAUUCACAUGGGAAUUCACACUGGAGAGAAGCCUUUCACCUGCUCUCAGUGUGGAAGGAGUUUCAGAGUGAAGAAUAGCCUUGAGCGUCACAUGAAAACUCACACUGGAGAGAAGCCUGUCCUCAGUAUUGGAUGACCUUUUCAAAGGGAAACUGUUUAAAAAGGCACUAAAAACAGUGUGCAAGACAGUUGUUAUUGUAAACAAAACUACAUAAACCAAAAGAAACAAAAUGUAGAAAAUUUACCAGUGUUCAUCUUGUAAGAAUCCAACUGUCUGUUAAACAUAUUUUGUUGGACUGUAAUACUUCUACCUCUUUGAGAAAUUGUUUUAUUCUAUUAAUAUUUUUCCUUUUUUAGCCUUAAGGUUUUUAGGAAAAAAAAUCUUAAGUAUCUUUAGUUUUAUUUUUGAAUAACUAAACCUGGCUCUCACCAUGAACAUAUCCAUAGAAUCUGGAAUGACGUUAAAGGAAAGACUCAGGCCGCAUCCACACCUAUCCAAUCUUUUUUUUUUUUUUUUCCCUAGUCUCAAAUAUCUGCAUACACACGAAACCACUGAAAGUGACUCAUAGAUUUUUCUCUGGAUCCAUCCACCUCCUCCAUUGACUCUGCCAGGGUCUUGACACCUCCUCAUCCUCCUGUUCUGCAGACUGUCCUCAGCCCUUCAGCUCCACCUGCGCAACCACUUUGGCCUGACAGCCUUCCGGCUUCACUGGUGCCCCUUGUCCAUCUGGCUCCACUACAGUCUGUGGAUAACCCAGCUCCAACAUGGACCUCUUCCAUUUCUCUGGCUCCACCAUCAUCCUCAGUCCCACUGGGUUCGCCUUCCAAUCCCCCAGUUCCACCUUGGUCCUUCAAGCCUGCGUCAUUGCCCUGGUCCUCCGUUCCUCUGACUCAGUCUCGGUCUCCGCCUCCUCCAGCUCUGACUCAGUCUUCUGAUUCCCCAGCUCCACCAUAGUCACUGGUCCCGUGGGCUCCGCCGGGGAUGUCCAUCCGGAAGGUUGCGUGACUGAGUCUCAAUAUCAGCAGGAAAUGACUGAGGUGUCCUUGGGAGUUAUAUUUUGCCCUUUAGUGUGUGUGUGUUAACUACUCACUACUCAUAGUGCACUCACAUUAACUGAAUGGGUUAAAUGCAGAGGACAUAUUCUGAGUAUGGGUUACUAUAUUUGGCCUUCAUGUCACUUUCUUCUUUUCUUUCGCAGUGAACACACAAGACAUUCUCAACAAAGCACCGAAUCCAGGAGUCACCAUGCAAACCGAUGCUAAGAAGCACCAUACUUUUUUCUUCUUCUUUUGUUUAAUGGAAGUUUACAUUCUUAUACAGCCACCUACUGGGCAGUUUUGCAAUAUUUUUUUCUAUUUUUGUUUUUUUAACUCCAUUGAUUUGAGUGUCCAUUGCCUUCACAUCAUUGACAAUCAGCAGACACUGGUUUGAACUGUCUCACAGACUAAAGCCCAGAGUCUAAAAGCGAGAGCGCCGCCUGCUGGACGUUUACGCAGUUGCACUCCUCACAUCCAGGUUGAGUUGCUCUCACACAUGACGGCAUCUUCACCAGACACAAAGACCGAUUCCAGCUCCCAGCACUGACUGAACGGACACUGUUAGUGGAUAUCAGUGUGUUUUACUCACUCCACCACACAGAGCUCUUUUACAGCCAAAUUAAUGAGAGAGCACAGUAAAUCAGUCUGCUUGAGGUUGUGUUCUUUUGAUGUGAACCAACACAUAUAUAUGUGUGUGGUGGUUAAGUUGCUGUUUGUGUGUUGGCUCAUCAAUGUACUCCUCUAAACCUGGUGAAAGAUACAAAGAUCCAUUAUUCAGUCAUCCACUUUCUCUGCACUACUGUCAUUGUUCUUAUUCACCUGUGAAUAUAAGGUUAUGAAUAAAUACCUGCAUCUAGGUUCAAACUUUAUCCUUGAGUCUGGGUUUCCCUUACAUUACAAUCACAUUAUUUUUUUUUGCCUUUUUCAUUAUUAUUAUUAUUAUUAUUAUUAUUAUUGUUGUUGUUGCUGAUGAGUCUAAAAUAAAGAUUUUCAUGUGUGCAUUUCGAUGCAAAUGUUCAAACAUU